ACCAUUUGUCAUUCUGGUAUGUGACUGCUAAAAGGCAAUUGUUGGGACGCGUCCUGUGUUUGUACCAUCCACCAGGCUCCAAUGUCGGCUAUUUUUCUGCCCUUCAGUCUGUCCUUAAGAUGAAGUUUUAACUGAGCGGAAGGAGGGAGGAACAGCCCUGAAUCCUUUCAGGUCUGUCUGCUUUUUGAGCCCUGCACACCUACAAGCCUGGUGGAGAAGGGCAAACGCUCCUGCUCACAGCAGAUUGGUAUGUGAAUAUGCAUCAUCUGAAGACCCUUGGGGUCAUUGGGGGAGGAUCAGAGCGGAAUCUAUGAUCUCUACCGAGGUUUCUGCUCUCCAUCAGUUUCCUGACGUCAGUACUGUCUCUCAUUCCCCAUUUGGGUGCUGGGAAAUUGUGUGUUUUGGCAUUGGGUAGGACAGGCUAAGGAUGAAGAUGUAGAAAACUUUAGACAACCAGGGUCUUCAAUCAGCAAACACAGGCCUGGACAUCUAUGCCUGGGUACUAGCUAACCCACCAAGUAUUAUGUCCCCCAAACUCUCCUCUAAGUAGGCCUGGUUAGGCACCAAGUGAGCCAAAGCCAUAAGCCUCAUUUCUAUCCUUUACCUCAGGUUCUUGCUUGGCUUGCAGCCUCUGCAGAACUUGUGAGCCUGAGUUGAAGUGCCUUGCCCUGACGUGCACACAUCCUGCUUGGGCAAGCCAGCUCCACGCCCAGAUCAGAGAAUCAUUCCAGCUGCACCAUGAGCCGAGUUCGGGAUGCUGGCUGUGUAGCUGCUGGGAUAGUGAUCGGGGCAAGUGCCUGGUACUGUGUCUACAAAUACACCCGGAGAAGAAACCAGAUGAAGAAGAGACUGGCUAAGCCUAAGACCAGGGCUCUGGCAGGGACUGGAGCCAGGGCUAGAUCCGGACUAAGGGUUGGAUUCACAAUCGACCUUGGUCCAGGAUUCAGUCCCCCAUCCCCAGUCCUCACUGGAACAAAGGACAGGGCCCAGGAUGAAGCCUUUGCCCUGGACGCAGCUGCAGCUGAGGUAGUAGCCCCAGCUGCACCCAGUGCUGAGACUCAGAGUGGGUCUGGAAGUCAGGCCCUGGAAGCAGAGGGGGCCUGGGUUGGGCCUCAGACUGAAUUAGUAGUUGGAGUGGAAGUGGCUUCUACAAUGCCUCCUGGGGAGGCAGAGGCCCUCAUGGCUGCAGAGGCCCCCACAAUAGUAGGGCCUCCCAAAAUGGCAGACACCCCUGGCACAGCAGAAGCUCCUAGGGCGCCAGCAGUGCCUCCUGAGAUACCAGCACCUACUGAGGCAGCAGCACCUACCGAAGCGGCAGAGGUUCCUGUACUGGCAGCGCUUUCUGAGGCUUCAGAGGCUCUAGGGACCUCAGGGUCCCCAAAAACAGCGGCAGCUGCUAAGAAAGCAACUCCUGGAGCUCAUACUGGGGCUAUACCUAAGGCCGGGUCAGCAACUGGAGCUGUACCCAAAGGUGGAGCUAAGGGUGGAACCAGGUCCCGGACUGGAGGCAAGGGCAAGGGCAAGAAAAACAACAAGGUUGAAGUAGACCAAUUGGGGCUGGGAUUCCGCCCUGGGGAUGGGGCUGCAGCAGCUGCUGCAGCCUCUGCUAAUGGGGGACAGGCUUUCCUGGCAGAGGUCCCUGAUUCUGAGGAAGGGGAGUCUGGGUGGACUGACACAGAGUCAGAGUCAGACUCUGAGCCUGAGACCCAACAGAGAGGGAGAGGGAGGAGACCCGUUCCCAUGCAGAAGCGCCCCUUUCCUUAUGAUAUUGAUGAAAUUCUGGGUGUCCGUGAUCUCAGGAAAGUACUUGCUUUGCUUCAAAAAUCAGAUGAUCCUUUCAUCCAACAGGUAGCUUUGCUCACUCUGAGCAACAAUGCCAAUUAUUCAUGCAACCAAGACACAAUUCGAAAAUUGGGAGGCCUCCCAAUUAUUGCAAAUAUGAUCAAUAAAACUGAUCCCCACAUUAAAGAAAAAGCAUUAAUGGCCAUGAAUAACCUGAGUGAGAAUUAUGAAAAUCAGGGCCGGCUUCAGGUGUACAUGAAUAAAGUGAUGGAUGAUAUCAUGGCCUCAAACCUGAACUCAGCAGUACAGGUAGUUGGACUAAAAUUUUUAACAAACAUGACUAUUACUAAUGACUACCAGCACCUGCUUGUCAAUUCAAUUGCAAAUUUUUUUCGUUUGUUAUCUCAGGGGGGUGGAAAAAUCAAGGUUGAGAUUUUGAAAAUACUUUCAAAUUUUGCUGAAAAUCCAGAUAUGUUAAAAAAGCUGCUCAGUACCCAAGUGCCAUCAUCAUUUAGUUCACUCUAUAAUUCUUAUGUGGAAUCAGAAAUUCUUAUUAAUGCUCUUACUCUAUUUGAGAUCAUCUAUGACAAUCUCAGAGCAGAAGUAUUCAACUACAGGGAAUUCAAUAAAGGUUCCCUUUUUUACUUAUGCACUACAUCUGGGGUAUGCGUUAAGAAAAUUCGAGCCUUAGCAGAUCACCAUGACCUCUUGGUGAAAGUGAAAGUUAUAAAACUAGUUGACAAAUUCUAAUUGGCUUUGUGCUCUCAAAAGACUUGAAGAAAUUUCUUGGUUUUGCAGUCUGGAAGCAAUGAAAAUUGAAGUUACUGCUCCUCCACUUGCUCAUAUAGUAAAGUGAUCCUUUCAGCUGCCAGUUUUGAAUAAUGUAUCAUCCAGAGUGAUAUUAUCUGUGACAGUCUCCAGCUUUAAGCUGAACCAUUUGAUAAAUACCAAAUAAAUAGUCCUCUUGUACUGAAAACACAUUUGUGACUUUAAUCGUGCUGCUUGAAUGGAAAUAUUUUUACUCUGUGAAUUGACAGUGAACUUGUCUAUCAUUAAUAGCCUACACUUCUAUCAUUUUUUUACUUGAA